GUUUGGAGCGAUGAGAAUAACCGAAGUUGGCUGAUCCGCAAUGAGACAACAUUGACAUGAUCAGUGCUUUAUUGUGCGUGAAUGUGCAAUAACGUCCCUCCACUUGUCAUGAGAAGCACUUAAUAUGUUUUAUGGAUUACCUGCCUGUAGGAAUUAUGAUACAUUUUGCACCUAUUCUUUGCACACGACGUCCUCACACAACAAAGGAUACGCGGAGACCUGUGGAGGAUGAGAUGGGCGGAGCUGCUGUCUUCACUAUGCUGAAAACCUGAGGAAAGAAAUUGCUGCUGAGGAAAUCUGCCACCCCACUCACUCAUGACUUUCAAUUGCGAACCGUUGGUUGGUGUGCCACAAACUCUGUGAUGGAAAAUCGUGAUGAUGAAGAAGACGAGCAGCACCACAGCACGAAGGUGGCAGAGGCGAGCAGCACGGGAGAAAGCACCCCUCCCCCAAAACGCAAGGGAAAGUUUUCCAGUCUUGGCAACAUUUUCAAACCGUGGAAAUGGCGAAAGAAGAAAAGCAGCGAGAAGUUCAAAGAAGCAUCAGAAGAACUGGAGAGAAGAAUGUCAACGAGGCGUACCCGUCAGGAGCUAAUAGAACGGGGAUUGCUGAAGGAGGUUCCGGACAAUGAUGCAGAUGGAGCAGCCCAAAGCCUGAAGCAGCCGUACGUGAAGAAUGGUCACACUCUGCCUGUGAGUGGAGGAGCAGGGCAAAGUUCUGGAAGGAGCAACCAGGGCCGAAUCCCUUCCGAUUCAGACUAUAGGAUAAACCCUACAUGGCUCCCCCAAACGGACGACCAUAAGGGCCGAUCUCCUUCAGAUGGAGGUCGUCGGAGAGGUCAGGCCUCUAGGGGUUCUGGACCGCCGCCGGAAGAAGCACAGAGAGGAAGCGGUGUGAUGGGCCCUCGUGUACAUGUGGAGAACGAGUGGAAGUCUAACAUGGCCCGGCACGGUCAGGUUUACAAUCAGAUUGACGACGGCCGAAGCGGGGACCAGCUUCACCUUGAAAAUGGACAGAGGAGAUCUGGGCUCCAGAAAGCUCCAUCAGAGGAUGGCAGGAGGAGUCGGCCGACUGACGUGGACUGGAAGCCUACACUGCCUCGACAUGCAUCUGCUGAAGAGGGAAGGGCUCGUAGAGAGUCAGACAGCAAUUUUGUCCCUGACCCUGAAGACACUCUUCGUGAACCUCUGCCGCCCAAACAGUCCAUCAUGCCUCCAAAGUGGCUGAUAAGCUCCACGGCUGAACCUGGUAGCGAGGGGCCAUCUCGCACCCCGUCCAACCAUUCAUCCGCCCAGUACCAGGCGGCCUCUUCCUCCUCGGGUGUCGCAUCGAAGCCUACAAGGAUUGUCUCCUCCUUGGGCACGAGCAGUCAGCAGUCCUCGUCGGCCGGGUCGUCGUCAUCAACCACUCAGGCCGCCAAGCAGCCGCCUUUACCUCCGCCCAAGCCGGUGAACAGGGGCAACCCUGGCAUGCUGGUCUCCGCCCUGCAGGGGGGAGAGAAUGCACAACUUCCACUCUACUGGUCCUGCUGGAAGCGAGAGUGCGAGUAUGAUGUCUAUCUGUCCCUGCCUGUCUACCUGUGCCGGCGGGCUGGAGGCCUGCGCUCAGGAGACGUCACACAAGGCCCGGGAGCCGCCAGUCUGGUCCCAGCCAAGCCCUCCCCACCAAUGCCCCCAAAGAGAACCACACCAGUCACCAAACGCAACACGGAGGAUCCUGCUGCUUCAGGCCAUCCCGUCAUCUCUCCCCAGCCUCUUCUUGAGGAGCAGAGCUCUGAGAGCUUUCAGCUGCCUUCUCUUACUCCUCCCUCCCCGCCGCUGCCAUCACACAUACCUCCCUCACCGCCCCGCCAACACAUGCACCCCCACCACCUUCACCAUCAGCACUCGUACCCGCACCCGCUGCCCCAACCCAUACCUAUUUUGUUUGACCCACCAAGCCCUACCGUUGAGUCUCCCCAGCGCCCUGCUCCAGUUCCACUGCAUAUCAUGAUCCAGCGAGCUCUCUCCAGCCCUGGCCCAUUUCAACCCAAACCAGACGGGUCGCAGCGUGCGCACACAUUACUCUUUGAAACGCCUCCUGAUUACCAGGCAGAUCGAGGUCGCCCCCUUCCUAUCAGCAUCCAACCACUAAAACUGUCUGAGGACGAUUACUCCGAAGAGGACGAGGAUGACGAUGAGGAAGAGGUGGAGUACGACGGCGAGAUCCCCCAGCCAGAACUCGGGCCACGGAGUCGCCGGGGCAUGGUCGGUGACAUCGGAAUGUGUGUCAUUCCUGGUAGAGAGGCUGAUGAGGAGGAGGAAGAUGAUGACGACGAGGAAGACGACGAAGAGGAAGAUGACGACGACGACGACGAGCAUGGCCUGCACCGAGGGGAUAGCGAUUCAGAUGGUCCUGUGCUUUAUAAAGAGGAUGACUCUGAUGAGGAAGAGGAGGAAGAACCCCCAUUGAGUGCUCUGGCCAGUAGGGUAAAGAGGAAAGACACUCUGGCAUUGAGCAGUCGUUCCUCUGCGCCUGACAGGGACAGAUUUUCGCAGGAGAGGAGUGGCAGAGAUGACCAACCACCCGGACAGACCGGCCUCACCUGGCAGAGCAGGGAGCAAUGGGAGACCAUCCGCACACAGAUUGGUACCGCACUCACAAGACGUCUUAGCCAGCGACCUACUGCUGAGGAGCUGGAGCAAAGAAACAUCCUUCAACCCAAAAAUCAGGCUGACAGACAAGCAGAAGUUAGAGAGAUUAAGCGACGACUGACUAGAAAGCUGAGUCAAAGACCCACAGUUGCAGAGCUGCAUGCCAGAAAAAUUUUGCGAUUCCACGAAUAUGUGGAAGUCACCGAUGCCCAAGACUAUGAUCGCAGAGCGGAUAAGCCGUGGACCAAGCUGACCCCUGCUGAUAAGGCAGCAAUCCGUAAAGAGCUUAAUGACUAUAAAAAAACUCAAAUGGAGGUUCAUGAAGACAGCAAGAUCUACACAAGGUUUCACCGGCCUUAACAUCUUCCAUCUUCACCUGGUAUAUGAAGCACUUAAGGUGUCCUUGGCAAGCACCUGCUUGCCCUUUCUCAUUUCCUGAAUGUACUUUAUAUCUGAUCAGGGACAGCCUGGAACUGACAAGAAUGCUUCUCGCGUGUCUUACAACAUCUUCACGGCAUUGCUUCAGCGAACGGAAUUGGUGGUGGUUGGAGAUGACACAGAUGCAGUAUUAAUCCCAGAUAACAGGGAUGAUACGGAAACUUGUGCCAACCAAAUGGUGACUUUUGCAGAGGACCUACAAGUGCAGGGUUGCUACUCCCUCUGCUAUAAUGCAGCGGCCCUCAUGGACUUGGAUCUAGUUAAUAUCUUUAUUGCGGCCUCAUUCUGUGUUGCCUUUUUCUUCUCUACUGUAUAUGGAAACGCUAAUUCUUUUGUUUUGUUAAUGUGAGAACAUAAAAUAAUAAUAGUACAGAAAAAUUAUAAUUUCUAGGACUCCACACAAUAAUAUUGGAGACGACACAUGGCGAUGAUAGCCAGUUUGGACUGGAGGAUGAAGACUGGGAUAUUCUGUUUUAGGAUUGGACAUCUCUGGGAUAUUGUGUGUUUUUAUAUUAACUGUACAGAUUGCUAUUAUAAUACCUUAGAAUGAAACUCGCAAAGAUCUAAUUACAAAGUAUUGUGUAAUGCACAAGAUAUUUUAUAUUAUAAUUUUGAUCACAACAGUAGUGACAGCGUUUUGUUUUUUUAUUUUAUUUUCUUUGGCUUGCCUGUAUUUAUCGUUGUGAUGUGAGGUGGCCAUUAAGCGUGAGUCUAGAAAUAGAAAAAGUGCAGGUCAGGUCUCUAUCGGUGAGUUUGUUUGCCAAUGUACCCAAUGCCUAGAAAAGACAGGAUAUUGGUAUUCAUAUCAACUAUUUCUGAAAUCUACUGCAUGAGCCAACACAGAUUCGACUGUCAUUAGUUCUGGUUAACCUCUCUUCAUUUAUACUUUUCUAAGAGUUUUUCUACAUCCCUUUAAUCACACACACAAUGCUUCUCUGUAGCCUUUCUGUUGUAGGGUCCAUGCUAGUUAUGUCUACUAUGAGUUCAAUGUAAGCUGCUGUGAUUAGAUCAGGGAUUUAUCACAAAAAAAAUUGAAACUGUAUGAACGGUCAACAGGGGAUCAUUUUGGCUGGAAUUUAUUUUUGGGAAACUGCAACUGUUUUAUUUUGUAGUGUUGUCUGGCCAGUAGCUUACAGGGUUCUCUUUGCUGUGUACAGGUGGAUAUAGGUUAAACCAAUGCUUGUGUAUAUCUUGUCUUCCUUUCAUUUGAAAAGAAAUUUUAAAUAAAGUAUUAUAGUUUGCUA